UUUCUCGCCUUCACUUCACUUCUCUCUGUGUUCGUUCGAACCAGAAGAACACAUCCAUGCAAGAUCCGAAGAAGAAGCUCUAACCCAAGAACCCAAAAAUUAAAAAAAAACCCCCAAAAAAACCUCGUUUUCUUGGCGAUUUUCCAGAGCGAGAAAGUGGCACAAAUUUUCUCGGGGAAAGUGAAGAACCCAUGUGGACAAACAACGGCAAGAACAAUUUCCCCGGCAGGGGGUUCUCCACCCCUCCUCCGUCGUGGAAAUCGAGGCCAUUCCGGCCAUCAAAAACGACGCCGUUCUCCGAGAGGAAAAGAUCGGCCCCCAAUUCUGUGAACAAAUCUAAUCUUUUUCAUGUCGUUCAUAAGGUUCCCGCUGGGGACUCUCCAUAUGUUAAGGCUAAACAAGUUCAGUUGAUAGAUAAAGAUCCGACUAAGGCGGUUUCUCUGUUUUGGGCUGCUAUAAAUGCUGGAGAUAGAGUGGACAGUGCACUGAAAGAUAUGGCUGUUGUGAUGAAGCAGCUGGACCGAUCCGAUGAGGCGAUUGAGGCGAUCAAAUCGUUCCGCCAUCUCUGCCCCUAUGAUUCUCAGGAAUCUAUUGACAAUGUCUUGAUUGAAUUAUACAAGAGAUCUGGAAGGAUUGAAGAAGAGAUCAAUAUGCUUCAAUGCAAACUUAGACAAAUUGAAGAGGGUACGGUUUUCGGAGGGAAGAGGACGAAGGCUGCAAGAUCUCAAGGGAAGAAGGUCCAAAUUACUAUUGAGCAAGAGAAAUCAAGGGUUCUCGGAAAUUUGGCGUGGGCUUUCUUGCAGCUGGACAACGUCUGCGUUGCAGAAGAUUAUUACAGGAAAGCAUUGUCUCUCGAGGCCGAUAACAACAAGAAAUGCAAUUUGGCGAUCUGUUUGAUCCUUACGAACCGGCUCACAGAAGCAAAAUCUCUGCUUCAAACUGUAAGAGCUUCUUCUGGAGGCAAGCAAAUGGAAGAAUCAUAUGCCAAGUCCUUUGAACGCGCUUCUCACAUGCUGGCUGAAAAAGAAUCGAAGUCGUCGUCCAAUUCAACAGGGCAGGAAGAAGAUAACAGCAGUGGAAGCACGACUCAUAAAGCUCAGCCCUGUGUUUCUCAGCUCACUGCAUCCACAAAGUGGACUCAUGAUGACGAAGAGAUGUACAUGAAUGAAAAUAGCCGAGACGAUCAUCACUGGGACCACAACUGCUGUGAGAACAAGGAGGAUAUCUGUGGGGUUGGUGACAGAGAUUUGCAGAACAAGUCAUCGGGAGCUGUGUAUUCUUCACAUAAUUAUCUGAAUUGUGAUAAAUGGAGUGAAGGUUCUUGUAUCGAAAAUCCGCUGAAAAUGAACUCCUGCAUUCCGAUUGAGAUGAAGGGAAACCGAAACCUGGAUGGUUUAUUCAGACUAGUAGGUGAGAGAUUCAACUGCAGCACAUUAUAUUCAUCUCCGACUCCAGCGAAAAGCAAUGUUGAAGUUCCAUUAACUCAACCGAAAAACUGCUUUUGGGAAUUCAAUAAUCGACACCGGGCGAAGGAAAGGAAGCAGCGAAAGGGAACGACUGGACGUUCUAACAGGAGAAAAGUUCUGUUUCCGAAUCCGUCAAUGAAUGAUCAAAGUAACGAUAAUUUCUUCUCUACAGAUGCUUCUUCUGAAUCGGAAGGAACCGAAACGAAUUCGAAUUACAAGACAAAAUAUAGGUCUGCAGCUCCUGAUGCAGGUGAACUCGAAGUUCCAUUUACACAACCAAGGAGCUGUUCAUGGGGGAGUAUUAAUGGAGCGAGAAAGGCCGAAUGCAUCGAUCGUUUUCCCAUUAGUUCAAGCAGAAAACUUUCAUUUGAGCCUCCCACAAGCACUGAAAAUAUUCAAGAAUUGGCAGAUCGAAGCCUUGAAAGAUCAAAACUCUCCAGAGCAGUAAGUGAUGAGCCUGAAGAUCUUGAUGCAGACUGGAAACAGACUUCUUGUGAAAACAACUCGAUGAAGAUAAAGGAGGAACACAUUACAGUUGAUCAAAAGUUCAAACACAAUUCAUCAACAGUUGGUGGAAAGAAGAGUUGGGCAGACAUGGUUGAAGAGGAGGAGGAGGACGGAGACGACGAGAAGGAAGACAAUACAGAAGAAGAAGAAGAAUCGUCAAGCGGAGGAUGCACGGGCGAUUGGAGCAUCAGCAUCAGCAGCAGCAGCGAUGAAGAGUUCAAUGAUGAAAAUCUAAACUGCAACAUUCUCCUCCAAAACCUUGGUCCCAUCUAUCAGGUUGAAGAAAUCAAAUUUGACUCACUUGACUUAAAAGAUGGAGCUAGAGACUCUGCUGACAUUGUUUCGUCAAGAAAUCGAGCAGUAAGGCGCCCUUUGUAUUUCGAUGAACAGCCUACGCUAGACUCGGGCGAUAACCACCGCUCCUCCCCGCUGCCAUUGACAACUGAGCUCUCUUGUAAUUCUGAGCAGGGAAACAGCAGAAGGGAGACCACCAUGGGUGGAGAGAAUGUGAGCUUGGCUAGAGGAAACAGAUUGCAGGUAUUUCAAGAGAUGACAGUGCAUCAAGAACUCCAACUUUAAGAAAUCUCUCCCAUUUUGAUGACUAGUUUUGUUUUUACUUUUGAUUAAUAGAAUCUCUUUUUGUAUCUUCUUCCACAUCAUAUAUCCUUAUAUUGUAGAAAAGUUUGUAAAGGAAGAAUGCUUUUGUUAUACUAAUAGA